UUAGCAGAGUAGCAGUGGGCCCGGCGUCCCUCGCUCUCCCCCAUCCCUAGCUUUAAAUGCUCGCACUUCCUUCUUCCCCAGAAAUCUCUCCCAUCCAUUCCCUCCAGGCGCACAUUAGCCCCCACUCCACCACUCCUUCUGCCAGAGAAACAAGAGAGAAAGAAAGGAACGAAUUCGAGAGAGAAAGGUAAGAGAAUGGCGUCGACGGCGGCGAGGGUAGAUCUGGACGGCAAGCCUAUCAGGGCGAUCACAAUCUGCAUGAUCGGCGCCGGAGGAUUCAUUGGUUCGCAUCUCUGCGAGAAGAUCAUGGCCGAGACCCCCCACAAGGUUCUUGCCGUUGAUGUCUACAGCGACAAGAUCAAGCACCUCCUGGAGCCCGCGACCCUGCCCUGGGCCGAUCGCAUCCAGUUUCACCGCAUCAAUAUCAAGCACGAUUCUCGCCUUGAAGGCCUAAUCAAGAUGGCAGAUCUGACUAUAAAUCUAGCGGCGAUCUGUACUCCGGCAGACUACAAUACGCGUCCGCUCGACACGAUUUACAGCAAUUUCAUCGAUGCGCUUCCAGUGGUGAAGUAUUGUUCCGAAAACAACAAGCGCUUGAUUCACUUCUCUACUUGUGAAGUGUAUGGGAAAACGAUUGGAAGCUUUCUUCCCAAGGAUAGCCCUCUGCGGCAGGAUCCAGCUUACUUUGUCCUCACGGAGGAUGCCUCCCCAUGCAUAUUUGGUCCAAUCGAGAAGCAGAGGUGGUCCUAUGCAUGUGCUAAGCAGUUAAUUGAGAGGCUGGUAUAUGCCGAGGGUGCUGAAAAUGGUCUCGAGUUCACGAUCGUGAGGCCUUUUAACUGGAUUGGUCCGAGGAUGGACUUCAUUCCUGGCAUUGAUGGUCCGAGCGAGGGUGUUCCGAGGGUUCUGGCAUGCUUUAGUAAUGCCCUCCUGCGACGUGAGCCACUCAAGCUUGUUGAUGGUGGUCAAUCCCAGAGAACUUUUGUGUAUAUAAAAGAUGCUAUUGAAGCUGUUUUGCUGAUGAUUGAAAAUCCAGCGAGGGCAAAUGGUCAUAUUUUCAAUGUGGGCAACCCUAACAACGAAGUUACCGUGAGGCAGCUUGCGGAGAUGAUGACCCAGGUGUAUUCGAAAGUAAGUGGAGAAGCUGCUCUGGAGGCACCCACCAUCGAUAUAAGUUCGAAAGAGUUUUACGGUGAAGGGUAUGAUGACAGUGAUAAGAGGAUUCCAGACAUGACCAUAAUCAACAGACAACUCGGAUGGAAUCCGAAGACAUCUCUGUGGGAUUUGCUGGAGUCGACCCUUACGUACCAACACAGGACAUACGCGGAAGCAAUCAGGCAGGCCAUCUCAAAACCAGUUGCAUCCGGUUGAGAUAUAGUGGUGUGUUGGUGUUGCUCGGUGGUGUUAUGGAAAUUCUUACUUUUAGAUGAUGAUAUCAUAUGAAUGUGCUCUUUAGGCUGUUGUUUUUAUUCAUUCAUUGAAGGGAAAUCAUGAAUAUAUAUAAAAUACCUAAACGGGGUUGGUUCGUUUAUACCUACAAUAUUUAUUUUUAUUUUUUAAAAGGCGGGUUGGGUUUGUUUGUUGGCGAGUAGUUGUAGUAGUGUAGUAGCCAGUGGUAGGGGAGUUUGUAUUUCUUUUUACUUAAAUCUAUGGGGAGGAGAGAUUUAGAGUGAUCACUUGUAAUGCGGUGCUUUUAAGAGCAUUUUGCUGCUUCACAUUUAGGGGGGUGGGGUGUGCUGGAGAGCAAUUACGCAAGGAAAAUUAUCCUGGUUCCAGAUUCUGAAAGGCGUGGGGGUGGGGGGUUUUGGCAUCCAUCCCUCCGUUCUGCCUCUUCACACUGAACGCUGUUGUAUUAUUGCCAUUUUUCCAAAAUUAUAUUAUUUAUAUUGAAAUAAUUUAUGGCUCUGGUCAAAA